UUUGUUAACAGUCUCGCCACCUCCUUCAGGGAGCAGCAGCCUCAAGCCUGGCUGUGGAUCUGAUCGGAUUGGGUAGGUCCAGCCAUGGUCUCUCUGGGCUUGGGGGUCGCCCAGGGUCCUGGACCACGUGCAGGUCGCUGAGCUGGACGCAGAACCGGCCACCAAGCUCCUGAAGGGGCCAGAACGCAAAGGGGAGCAACAGUGGGCGGAGCAUGGUCAGCACCAUGAGACCCCGGCUGUCCCUGCUUCUGCUGAGGCUGUUGCUGCUCACCAAUGCAGCGCACACCGUUGGAGUUCCGCCCCGACUGUGUGACGUGCGGCGUGUGCUGCUUGAGGAACGGGCCCACUGCCUACAGCAACUCUCCAAAGAGAAGAAAGGAGCACUGGGCCCGGAGACAGCAUCAGGCUGUGAGGGGCUUUGGGACAACAUGAGCUGCUGGCCCUCCUCUGCACCAGCACGGACAGUGGAAGUGCAGUGCCCGAAGUUCCUCCUGAUGCUCUCAAACAGAAAUGGGUCUCUGUUCCGGAACUGCACACAAGAUGGAUGGUCAGAAACCUUUCCCAGGCCUGACCUGGCCUGUGGGGUCAACAUAAACAACUCCUUUAAUGAGAGACGGCAUGCGUACCUGCUGAAACUCAAGGUCAUGUACACUGUAGGCUACAGUUCCUCCUUGGCCAUGCUCCUGGUCGCCCUCAGCAUCCUGUGCUCUUUCCGGAGGCUGCACUGCACUCGCAACUACAUCCACAUGCACCUGUUCGUGUCCUUCAUCCUGCGCGCCCUGUCCAACUUCAUCAAGGACGCCGUACUCUUCUCCUCGGACGACGUCACCUACUGUGAUGCCCAUAAGGUGGGCUGCAAGCUGGUCAUGAUCUUCUUCCAGUACUGCAUCAUGGCCAACUACGCAUGGCUGCUGGUGGAGGGCCUCUACCUUCACACGCUCCUUGCCAUCUCCUUCUUCUCAGAAAGGAAGUACCUGCAGGCCUUUGUGCUCCUCGGAUGGGGUUCUCCAGCCAUUUUUGUUGCUUUGUGGGCUAUCACCAGGCACUUUCUAGAAAAUACUGGAUGCUGGGACAUCAACUCCAAUGCUUCCAUCUGGUGGGUCAUUCGAGGGCCUGUGAUUCUGUCCAUCCUGAUCAAUUUUAUCUUCUUCAUAAACAUUCUAAGAAUCCUGAUGAGAAAACUUAGAACACAAGAAACAAGAGGAAGUGAAACAAACCAUUAUAAGCGCCUGGCCAAGUCCACCCUCCUGCUGAUCCCACUCUUUGGCAUCCACUACAUUGUCUUCGCCUUCUCCCCAGAGGACGCCAUGGAGGUCCAGCUGUUCUUCGAACUGGCCCUGGGCUCCUUCCAGGGGCUGGUGGUAGCUGUCCUUUACUGCUUCCUCAAUGGUGAGGUGCAGUUGGAAGUUCAGAAAAAAUGGCGCCAGUGGCACCUUCAAGAGUUCCCGCUGCGCCCUGUGGCCCUCAACAACUCCUUCAGCAACGCCACCAACGGCCCCACCCACAGCACCAAGGCUAGCACUGAGCAGAGCCGGAGCAUCCCCGGGGCCAGUAUCAUCUGAGGCUGCGGCAAGGCGCCAGCGGACGAAGGGUUGGAUAUUCGGUAGGACGGACAUCUGUCUGAUAGCCAUCUCGUGCUCGGCCGGCUGAACAGGCUUGUCCCUCGGGUCCGAGCUUCCUCGGAGAUCCAGCAAGAGGAGACUACUAGGUCAUCGCGGAGCAGGGAACGGACCCAUGACUUGGUUUUUCUUGUUCUUCUAAGAAGAGCAAUUCAGCAGCUCCAGAAGGGGCAGGGGAAUAAAAUGACAGCCAGAGAAA